AUGAAUCUUCAAUUCGCAAUCAUCAUUCGUUGUGCUGACCUCGACUGUGGGACCGCUGUGUUUCUGAACAAGGGCCCUAGUGCAAGAGUGCGACUGUCUCACGACCACCAGAAAAGGACCCUGAAUUUUCCUUUUAGAGGGGAACAAGUCUCCAUCCUUUGUCUACCUGGCGACACUCGAAUUGAAGCUGUGAGCGGGCGUGCACGAGCUCUAACCAUUGUCCUGGAUUUAGUGACAAAGAUUUCCGAAUCAACUAUUGGCCUUCUUUGCAGGGACAUGCUCUUCAGCAAUCAGGGUCUCGACCUUGAAGAGGCGUCAUUCUGGCGAGCUUUCAGCCGACGCCGGCGGCUUCAGAGCUGUGAAGAACCCCAAAGAGACCAGGAACAGGGCCCAAUAAGCCAUUGA